UCGAUUGAAGUGUUCAUUAAUACUUCUAUUAUCUAUUUAUUCUUGUUUGUAUUGUUAAUAUUACACAAAUUGAAGCGAUUCGUGAUGAAAUUAUUAUCUAUAGUAAUUUUAGUAGUGGUGACAAAGAGUAUUGAAAUGAACGAAAAUAAAAAUCUUACACGAAUUUUAACGAAUCCAGCAAAUGCUCCAUCCGUUGUUGGAGGGGAAACAGCAAGUUUAUUCUCUUGGCCUUGGAUGGCAUCACUACACAAAAGAGGUAGCAGAAGCUUUAAUUAUCAAUGUGGUGCCUCCAUCAUUAAAGACAGAUAUAUCUUAACAGCUGCACACUGUUACAAUGACAUCGCUAUAUUAAAGUUAAACUCGUCUAUUCUCAAUGUUACUCCGGUUCUCAUGCCUUCAAGAAAAAAUCGAUACAAUGGAAAAAUUGCAACUGUUAUUGGUUGGGGAGAUACUUCAUACGGGGGACGUCCUGCCGAAUCACUUCAGCAAGCUGCGAUAAGAGUGAUACCAAAUAAUCAAUGUAAUGCUUCUUACUCUCGAUUAAAGAUAUCUUCAUUACCUAAAGGGAUUACAUCAGAAUUUUUGUGUGCAGGGAUCAGUACGGGAGGGAAAGAUGCCUGUCAGGGUGAUUCUGGUGGACCUCUUGUAACGUCUUCAUCUUCUGGGUAUAGAAUCAUCGGUAUAGUUUCUUUCGGUUAUCAGUGUGCUAAACCUGGAUUUCCUGGUGUAUAUACAAGAGUAUCAAACUAUUUGAAGUGGAUAUCUGAUAACACUAAAUAAAAGAAUGGUUUAAGCUUGUAUCGAUACAAUUUUAUUUAUUGUCAAAGUAAAUAUUACCUGUAAUUAUACAAUGAUGUAUAAUGAUAACAAUACGUAUAUACGUAUGAUU